CUGCCAGCUGGAACUGUCUGUGAGUGUGGACACAUUCUACUUAUGUGCUAUACACACACAGCAGUCACAGGCCCCGUGUGCUGACUGGACACUGUCAGAGCACAGCUACAGGACUAUAAAGAGAGCAGUCACUCGAGUCCUCCCCUCACUCAAGAUGAAACUCCUUCUGCUGGUCACUCUGAUCACAGGUGCUACUGCACAGAGCAUCAGCCCUCGGGCUGUGUGGCAGUUUGGCAAUGUGUUCCAGUGCAACAUCCCUUUGAUUCAACGCUUCAUGGAGUACAAUUUCUAUUGCUGGUACUGUCUCUUUGAUGGCUGGAACCACCCGAUGGAAGACAUAGACAGGUGCUGCAGGGCUCGCGCCAACUGCUAUGCUCAGGGCAAUAACAUGAAAAACUGUAACUUCCGCUUAGGCGACCUGUACACGACCUCCUAUUCAUACUCGUGUUCUGGAGCUGUGGUCACAUGUAAUGAAGAAAACGAUGCCUGUGCGGCCUUCAUCUGCAACUGUGACCGCCAGGCCGCCAUCUGCUUCUCCAACACUACCUAUAGCAAGGACUUCAGUGGAGAUUACUGUUAGACUUGUCACCUCAGUUACUGCCUACACCACUCCAGCCUGCCUGGUUGUGUUCACUACACACUGUGCCCUGUAAUAAAGCACCUAUUGAAAGAA